CUUCAGACUAUGCAGCAGUGACACACAGGAAUUUUAAACAGUUAUUGUAAACACUCGAUACGCGCGUGGUUUUGCCCCCGUACGCAGUGUCCAGGACAUUUCACAAAGUAACAUUUAAGCUUUUAGAAUUUUAGCGGCGACAUCGCGUAUAAGCUGUACAUAUUUUACGUUAGGUCUACGGUCUAGUUGAUAAUUAUUCUCCGCGCAGGACACCCAUCAGAAACUCUAUACAAAAUAAUAACCCUACACACGCCACAGGAAAUAAGAGCUUGUACGGUGUCCUCUAUGCAGCACGUGUCAAGAAGAAUUUUAAAUCAGUUAUAUUUUCCCGUAUACAGUGCAUUGCAGGCCAUUUCACAAGACUACAAUAAGCAUUUGUCGGUGCGCAAAUAAAUAAAUCUGUAUUCUCUCAAGCUAUGCGAUAAUAUUCAAGACAUAUUCAUCGCAGUAUAUAUGUACGUAAGCGCACUUGUACAGGCAGAAUGUGUCAGUGCGCCUUAAGAAUACACAAUAAAUUCGAGCUUGAAUCGACUAUAAACUCUGUUUACAUUCGAUAUACACUCCUAAUUCUCAUCCCAACAUCUGUCAUCCUCUCGCGGUCACAUCGCCAGUCUGCGCCCAACCGUAUACACUGCUCUUACCGAAAUAUACAUAUACGGCCUUUUACCAAUCAAACCCACAGUGCGCGGACUUUCGUUGAAACGUGCCGCGAGUGACGUACACCUCGUUAAUUUCCGUAUAAAAAAGAAAAAAAGAAGAAAAAAAAAAAAAAAUACACGAACCGCGGCGCGAUGUUCACCAACUACUCGAGCCUGGGCUGCCGUUCGCGCUCGACAACGGACAUCUUCCGAGCCCAGAGUCUCGAGGACAGGUCGCAUCCGCCGAUGACCUACGGCAUUACGUGGACUCGCAGCACCAGCUUCGUCACGACAGCCGGCUCGUCGAACGUCAACCGACGUCCGGCUCCACCUCGGCGUUCCGACAGUUUCGCCGGCGUCGUUCCGUCGGCCUUGAAGCGCGCCGAAGAGGAGGAAACUCGUCGACUUCUCGGGACGUCCACGCCGGUAGAGCAGGUCGAGCGUCAGGCCGCGCAGACUCCGAGGAGCACGUUCGUGCGGAAGCUCGUGGCGUCGCUCGAGCGCAGACAGAAGGAAAUGAACGGCGCCUACGGCAAGGCUGAAAAAAACUUGGAGCCAGUAGAAGAGAGGGAGGAGGAGAAGAUCGUUAAGAGACCGGUUGUCAUGAAUUACGCCUACAAUCGUUUACCAAGCAGAGAACUGGAAGACCUGCAGGAACGCGAGCACGAGGAGGAGGAGGAGGACUCGUCGUCGUCGUCGUUGUCGGACGAUUUUUCCGAGCUCGGCGGUGAAGCUCCUCCAGCCCGGAAACUCUGGUCGAACAGUCGCGACCCCGUCAACGUCACCAACGACGUCAGCCUCGAUCCGGAUCCGGCCAGGUCCAGCUUCAAGCGGAGCCUCAAGAACAUGCUGUCCUCCAUCCUGAACUGGCGCACCGGUUCCGCGAAGAACCUGCCCAAAGGCACCCGCGAUUACUACGCCGCGAGGGAGAGUCUCGGCGACGAGAUGGGCACUUUCAGGAAGCUCACCGUGCCACGGCUCAUCGAGCGCGCGACGAGCAGGGGCAGACUGGACCGCAGUCGAGGGGAGACGUCCCGCAAGAACCUCCAGGAGUUUUCCAACUUCAUCGGAGAGCCGAAGCAGGCUCUCGACGAAAGGCUCCCCUCCAUCGCGACCAUCCACCCGGUUUACGGGAACCUCAAGAGGUCGACGUCGCGAAUUCGAGUUAUCGAACCGGCAGAAGCCAGGCAACUCGGCUACGGAUCCCUCAAGGUCCAGCUUCCAGCCGUGCCGAUACGCUACUCCUCCCUACCGACGGAGCAUCAGCUGUCGCAGCUUCCUUCAAUGUUAAGAGAUUUGCAGAAGCUCAAGAGGCCGUCGGUCGUUUACGACGUGCCGAGAUCCGGUCGCCGCCUGAUGGCACUGGAGUCGCAAUUCUCGCCGCCCGAGUACGAGAAUUUCAAGCGGGACCCUAGCCGCGACAAGCGCAACCGCAGCUCGAUAUUUAAGAAAUUUUAGACAUUCCGCGCUGCCGCAUCGACCGACUAUAGUUAAACUUUGAAUUUUGACGUAAUGUGACUUGUAAAUAAAUUUCAUACCCCGAUCGCAGUGAGAAGGAAGCCAACAUUUGUUCCUUAAAUCCAUUCGAGAUCCGCGUACGCGUUGAGCAUCGCGCGUAAUUUUAACAUUAAAGUAUAAGAAAAAAGCAAACGAAUAAAUGUAACGACGCGUAUACAGAAGCAAGCGGGAGCUAUAUAGGUAGUCUACGUGCUCUCGAGCGUACCCGCGCAGGUAUACAAAUUUCCCCCCCCCCCCCCCCCCCCCGUCAUAAUCCCCUGCAGUUCUUAAUAUACGCGGCCCAAAAUAUACGUGCAGUUUUGCGUAGACAGGCGUAUCCCCCUCCCCCACCCACCCCCGCAGCCAUUAUGUCUCAGUCCCUUUAGGCGGGCAGAUGCUCCCAGGUACGUCGCCGGCCGGCGAAUUGCAGGAUCGCUCGAGACGAUUUUCCGGCUGCACCGGCGCAGUCGUGUUCGGUAUACCGCAGAGGUGAGAACUGUGUACGGAAGCAGCAUCGGGCCGACGCUAUAUUGUGCAAGUGACAAGAUGUCGACGACGUCCAGCCAGUGGUUCAGCAAGAGGAUCAACGGCUAUACCGAGGAGCUGGGCAAAUCGUUCACGGAAGCCAAAGCACGCGUCCAGCGUGGCCUCGAGCAGCUCAAGCUGAAAAACGCGGAAACGUUGAAGCGCAUCCCCUCGUUCCGAGGAUCGUUCCGAGGAUCGUUCCGUGCGUCGAGCAAGAAGACAAAGUCGGCGAAAAAGGCUAAAUCGCCGAUGAAAAAGUCAGAGCAUGACCGAUCAAGCUCCGCAGCCAGCGCGAGCAGGAGCGAGGUGAACGCCACGUACCGCAUCUCUCGCAAAGCCUACUAUCCGAGCACCUUCAUCGACCGGAGCUCCAGCAGCUCCUCCGCAUCCGAGCAGGACGAUCGGCUGAAUAACGUCUCAGCCGAGCGCACUCUGCUCCCGAGCACGCUGCGCCGACUGCCUUUGAAACCGAGCCACAGCUUCCCCCGGAUCAGCCGGUCCCGCAAGAUCGAGAACAUCAACAUAGUCUUCGCUUCGCCCUUCCCAUCGGCCAUCCAUCGGCCGCGAAAUCAGACCUCGACGCCGAAGGAGCAGCUGACUACCCAGGACAAAGCGCGUAAGGACGCGUUCGACAUGGAAAAGUUGUGCAGCCUCAUGGCCGAAAUCCACGCGAAGAUGCGACGCCCGUACCCGACGCGCAAGCCUCCUCGCAACAUCAGACGAUACAGGAAGGACACGAAGCUCGUCCCGAGCCCGGCGAGCAGCCUCGAACGGCACACCUCCAGUGAGGAGGACAGCUGCAGCGACUCCGAACUUGCCAUAUCGACGGACAUCUCGCUCAAGUUCGGCGACAGCGAGGACGACGAGCCGAGGAUCGACCGAGCCGACUCGGAACUCGACGAUCCCGACGUCUACUGGAUACCCAAGAAGAUCGUCAACCUGCCGAGGACCAGCUCGAGGCUGAGCAUGAUGUCGCGCAGCAGCUACAGCCGCGCCUCGCCCGAACUCAGCCCCAUCGAGAAGAGCGAGAACAAGCUGCAGACUCAUCAGGAACGGGAGAGCCAGCUCAAGAGGGCCUGGGGCAUGACCUACAGGCUCAGCAAGGGCAAGGCCGUCGCGAAGCAGCUCUUCAGCAUCGACGAGGCGCACGUCCUCGACUCCGGCUACUCCGACAGAUCCGGAGCCAACUCGAGAGCCGCCUCGUCCAGGGCAACGAUGUACGAGCUGCAGAACAACGGGUGGCGGCUGACGUCCUCGCCGACGAUCUCCUCGUCGCCCUCGCCCACUCCGGCCGUGUCUGUACCCGCCUACUCUCAACGAUUCGCCCCGACGCAUGGGCCGUACGUGCUCAAAUCUUUCUACGUCUAAGCGUAGCUGAGUAGCGUACUUUGCUUAUAUUAAGAGUAUCAAAUGUUCGAUUUUAAUGUUGAACGCGUCUUCGAAGCGAAAAGAAACAAAUUGUAAUUAUUACAGAAAAAAAUGUAAUCUCUUUUAAUUAUACACAUAAGAUGGAAAAUUUAUAAAAGUCAAAUCUCGCGCUUAUAGCAUUAAGACUCUACAAUAUGUAUUUGCGCUUGUAUUGGUAAAUACAAGCACUGCUGCCGCAAAGAGCGGAAUAAAGUUUACACGUUUCAUGGAAUUUAAAA